GCCAUCACUUCCGGAUUUGCAGUACGCACGUGAGACAGUUAGAAACACGUUUGUUUUGCAACUAUUUUAUUUAUCCAGAUGAGGUAACAAAGGCCCUUCAUUAACUGACUGGAAAUCAAGUCGUUGGAAGCAGAUAUCUCACAGAUAGGAGAAGAUGGAGGGGAAGGAGCCAAAGAAGGAACAGAAGCGGCACCAGCAGAAGCACAGCGGGCCCAAGGCGGAGAGGAAGAAGACCAGGAAGCAGCUGGGAACUCCUGCCGGAGAUGACGAGCGCAAGAGGAACCCCAAAGCGUUUGCGGUCCAGUCAGCAGUGCGCAUGGCCAAAACCUUCCACAGAGCCCAGGACCUAAAGGCCAAGAAACAUCACAUACCCCUGGUGGACCGCACCCCUUUAGAGCCUCCCCCGAUAGUGGUGGUGGUGGUAGGACCCCCCAAGGUGGGCAAGAGUACCCUCAUCCGCUGCCUGAUCAAAAACUUCACCCGGCAGAAACUAGCGGACAUCUGCGGGCCUGUGACCAUUGUCUCUGGAAAGAAGAGGCGUCUUACCUUCAUUGAGUGUAGCAAUGACAUCAACACAAUGAUUGACUUGGCAAAGGUUGCUGACCUGGUGCUGAUGCUCAUUGACGCCAGCUUCGGCUUUGAAAUGGAGACCUUUGAGUUCCUCAACAUCUGCCAGGUGCACGGCUUCCCGCGCAUCAUGGGCGUGCUCACCCACCUGGACUCGUUCCGCAACAACAAGGCCCUUCGCAAGACCAAGAAGCGGCUCAAGCAUCGCUUCUGGACUGAGGUCUACCAGGGUGCCAAACUCUUCUACCUGUCCGGUAUGGUGUACGGAGAGUACCAGACCCAGGAGGUCAAGAACCUGGGCCGCUUCAUCUCCGUCAUGAAGUUCCGCCCGCUGGUGUGGCAGCAAUCUCAUCCCUACGUCGUGGCCGACCGCAUGGAGGAUUUGACGGACCCCGAGAUGGUGAGGGUGGACCCCAAGUGUGAUCGUACUGUAUCUCUCUAUGGUUACCUGAGGGGGACAUACUUGAAGAGUAAAGGCCAGGUCCAUAUCCCUGGUGUGGGGGACUUUGCGGUGGCAGACAUCCGCUUCCUGCCAGACCCCUGUGCUCUGCCUGAAGCUCAGAAGAAGAGGGCGCUGAACGAGAAGGAGCGGCUGCUCUACGCUCCCAUGGCAGGGGUCGGGGGGGUCGUGUACGAUAAGGACGCAGUGUACAUCGAUCUGCCCGGCGGCCACGUCAAUCAAGAACAGGAGGAGGUCCGUCCCACCACAGAGUUGGUCCAAUCCCUCAUCAGUACACACACCACCCUGGAUGCCAAGAUGGCCGCCAGCAAAGUGUCACUGUUCACAGGGGCGGCUGCCCUGACCCCCGGGGAAGUGGAGGAGGAGGAGGAGGAGGAGAAUGGGCUGACAUCAGGACCCCAGGAGAGCUGCGUCUGGGACCCUGAGACGCAGAGAGAGAGGAGGAAGGCUGUCUUCACUGAAGAGGAAGAUGAUGAUGACGAUGAUGACAGCGAGGAAGAAGAAGAAGAAGAAACGGUUUUGAAGAACAAGGCAAAGAACAAAACUGAACCAAAAGAGAAGCAAGGAAUAAAGACCAUCCCUCCGGCGAAGAGACAGAAGAUGGAGGAAAGGAAAGUGGAGAAAGAGCCAGUGGUGGAGGUACCUGCCUUUGCAGACAGUGAGGAUGAGCUGGAAAUGAGUGAGGAGGAGGAAGGGGGGAAGGGAGAGCAGGAGAGUGAAGGAGAGGAAAGCGAUUCUGAGGGGGAAGAAGAGAGUGCAGUGGAAAAGGGUGAUCUCAAACCGAUAGACUCUGGUCAUUGCUCGGAGGAGGAGGAUGCGAGUGAUUCAAUAGAAGAUGACUGCGAAACCAAUGUCUCGGGCAAAGAAGGCAAGAAGUCGAAUGCCACCUCCAAAAUGGAAGAGGAAGAUGAGGAGAUGGAGGGAGGAGAGCUGUGCUAUGAAAGUGCAGGGUCACUGCGGUGGAAGGAGGGCCUGCAACAAAAAGCGUCGGAGGCGUUUCUACGGCAACAGCGAGCUGCCCCCAACCUGCGUAAACUGGUGUAUGGCACAGUGGCAGAGGAUGAUGGUGAUGGGGGGGAGGAUGAGGAGGAGCUGGGAGGUCUGUUUCGAGUCAGCCGCCCCGAGAAGGGCAAGAAGCAUCGUGCGGACGGUGUGGACUGCUCCCGUUUUGACCCAGAUGCUGCUCACAAUUGGGACCUGGAAGAGAUGCUGGACUCGAUACGGGACUGUUUUGUUACAGGGAAAUGGGAAGACGAUCAAGAUGCUGCUACAUUGCUGAAAGAGGAUGAGGAGCUGUAUGGCGAAUUUGAGGACUUGGAGACGGGGGAAGUGCACAAGGGGAAAGCUGCCAAGCAGAAGGACCAAGCCAAGGAAGAAAGUGAUGAUGAUGAUGAGGAGGAGGGGGAGGAGGAGGAGAAGCUGAUGAAGGUGGACGACGAGACCCAGAAGAACAAGCGUCUGGAGAAGAAACGGCGUCUGAAGGAGCGUUUCGACACAGAGUACGACGACGGAGACGCCACCUACUUUGACGACCUCAAGGAGGAGAUGCAAAAACAGGCAGAGCUGAACCGGGCUGAGUUUGAGGACGUGGAUGAUGAGACACGGGUCCAGUACGAGGGCUUCCGGCCUGGCAUGUAUGUGCGUGUGGAGAUCCCCUCCCUGCCCUGCGAAUUUGUCACCAACUUUGACCCCCACUACCCCAUCAUCCUCGGGGCUCUAGGUGCCAGCGAGGGGAACGUAGGCUACCUGCAGAUGCGGUUAAAGAAACAUCGAUGGCACAGCCGGAUCCUGAAAACGCGCGACCCUCUCAUCCUGUCCCUGGGCUGGCGUCGCUUCCAGACCAUCCCCCUGUACCACAUCGAGGACCACAACGGGCGCCACCGCCUGCUCAAGUACACACCGCAGCACAUGCACUGUGGUGCCACCAUCUGGGGUCCCAUCACACCUCAGGGUACUGGCUUCCUGGCUGUGCAGUCAGUCGCAGGAACUAAGACCAGUUUCCGCAUCGCAGCUACAGGAGUCGUCCUUGACCUGGACAAAUCUGUGACCAUAGUCAAAAAGCUCAAGCUGAUUGGCUACCCAUACAAGAUCUACAAGAACACAUCAUUCAUCAAGGGGAUGUUCAACACCGUGCUCGAGGUGGCGAAAUUUGAAGGGGGCUCCAUCCGAACAGUCAGUGGGGUCAGAGGUCAAAUUAAGAAGGCCUUGUCAACGCCGGCGGGAGCCUACAGAGCCACGUUCGAAGACAGGCUGCUGAUGAGUGACAUUGUGUUCCUGCGCUCCUGGUACCCGGUGUCGGUCCCUCAGCUCUACAACCCUGUGACCUCCCUGCUGAUGCCAGCGGGCCAGAAGGACAGUUGGUCGGGCAUGAGGACAGUGGGCCAGCUCAAACACGACCUGGGAGUCCGCAACAAGCCCAACACAGACUCACUGUACAAGCCGGUGGUGCGAGCGCAGCGCCACUUCAACAAGCUGCACAUCCCCAGGGAGCUGCAGAAGGCAUUGCCCUUCAAGAGCAAGCCCAAACAGGACCAGCCCAAGGGCAAGACGCCCAAGGACCUCCAGAGGCCCGCUGUCAUACGGGAGCCCCACGAGAGGAAGGUGGCGGCGCUGCUCAAUGCACUGAGCGCAGUGCACAACUACAAGAGCAAGAAAGCGCACACGGCGCAGCAUGCUAAGCACAAGGGCUUCCUGCGGCAGCGGGACAAGGCGGAGGAGGACAAGCUCAAGAGGCAGAAGGAGGCAAAGAAGAAGCUUUACCGUAUGAUGGGCCAGAAGGAGAAGAAGAGUCAGAGGUCCAGUCUAAAAGGGGCGCCGCUUGAUGACUGAUUUGUAAUUCAAUAUGACUUCUUAAAGACCAGUGUAAUAACCAGUGUUUCGGCCUGCCAAUGGAAUGAAAUAAUUCUCUGUUUAAGCAUAAUCUGUUGGGCUGCAGUGGAGUAGGGUGAAAUUGCCCCUAGAUGCUGAUCUUGGGUCAGUUUAGCAUUUCGCUGUUAAUGGUCAAAGGGAUAGUUUGGGAUUUUGGCAAUGAAGCCCUUUGUCUACUUCCCUAUAGUCAGAAACUCAUUCAUGGAUACGAUGUGUAUGUCUCUGCAUCCAGUAUGAAGGAAUGAUUGGGGGAGGGGAAGCUUAUCCUAGAUCUGUACCUAGGGGAAUCUUCACCCAGAUGUUCUGCAGUAUUGGGGUAGGAGACAGUGUAAAUGCAAGGAAUGGAUGAACAUCCUUCAGCUUCUGUAGCCUGGUUGUGUAAUGUGGUUUUUCAACCCCAGUUAUUGGCGCCUCAUUAAGAGUGGUUCGAUAGAGGAACUAGAAAGAACUGUAUAUUAGUCAUAUCUUGAUCACUUGUCUAGCUUCAAUCUUGCAUGGUGUUUUAAUAAAAAAUAAAUUACAAAAAUAGUAUGCGAGUGCCUUAACUCUAAAAGAACUUUAAAGUAAGUGUAAUUCUAUAAUAAUUUUGAUUGAGUAGAAGUUUCAUAAUGGCUAGGUUGUUACACAUGCACUGAUAAGUGGAAGCACAUGGUAUUUCAGUAACUUUGAAGUUGUGCCUAUUGUCAGAGAGAACUCAUCAUGCACAUUGCCAUUGUGGACUUCCACCAUUUUAAAGGAGUCAACUGAGUGGGAUGCCUGAGUUGGGAACAAUCAGCCAAUGAAGAAAAAUGUAGUACUUUAAAAUGGCGAUAGCAUGGGCAGCACCAUUGUGGCUGACAGACGCUAGAGCCCCACAGCGGAGGUGUCAUAAUACCCUAGUGGUCAAACAGGGUAAUGGUAAUUGCUUUUCCACCAUUCAUUUUUCCCAUAGGGGAAUUUUAGAAACACUUCAGAUAAGGGCUGUGUUCCGUGUAGACUUACCUUGGUGGGACGUUUUGAUAACCGUGGUAAUCUCUCAUGCAAGGAGACAUCAAUAUAUUCGCCUCUUUUUACACUGAUUUUAAAAUGCUAAUUAGACAUCAUGCCAGACUACAAAUCCCUAAAAGAUCCUGCACGUCAUCUCUGACACCUUUGCUAACAGGUAUUGUGUCAAUUUAAAACUGGUGCAAGACAGCUCACAGAAGUGUCAAUUUUAAAGACAUUUAUUUAUUACUCAAUUUUGCUAACAGAGUUAAUCCAGAGAUUCUUACCUUUGCCUCUAUUCGGCAGUCUCGUUCAGAUCAUCGUGGCAUUUGUAGUUUUUUAUGAUGGCUAUAUUAGCAUUUAAUUUUGGUGGGUUAAAUACAGGCAAAUAUAUUGAUAAAGGCCACCUUGUCCUAGACUAGAGAGAUUUCACAUGGUUAUCAAAAUGUCACGCCAGGGUAAGCCGACACGAAACACGGCCCAUAUGAUUUUCUAAAACCCCCAUGGAGAAAAAUGAAUGGUGGAAAAGCGAUUGGAACCAUUUCCUUGUUUGAUCACUAGGUUUUAUGCAGGGAUGCAACCUAGUGAGGGACCAAAAAGGUGACGCUUUUUUUUUCCUUUGCAGUGAACAAAAAAGAAUCCUGCUAGGGGGAAAUGCAGGUUUAAACUAAUUGAACAACAAAGAAUAUGAUCAGUCUGUAAAAUAAAGUGUUUAAUGUGAACCUAACUCACAGCUAAAAAAUGUUAAUAAAUCAAUCCAAUGUUA